AUGAAGCUCAAAGUUAACGACUCUAAUCCUGGUCAAGUUUCUGUGGAACAUGAUCCAGCUCUACGUAGUGAGGUCCGCGACGACAAUCAACGAGAGUACUUGGUUGAACUUGGACCUUUUCAGCCGAGGUUACCUUGUUUCCCAACCAACCCAGAUAUACCUCAGGGGAAGCAGAAUCGUUUUUCACCACGAUGGUAUGACGAGUAUCCACAUUUGGAAUACAGCGUGGAGAAAGAUGCUGUUUUCUGUUUCGUGUGCUCAUUAUUCGACGACACACCUUCAAAGGAGAAGGCAGACCCCAGCUGGAAAACUACAGGCGUUAGAAAAUGGCAUAAGAUGAAAAGUGUUGGUAAGAGCAAACAGGGAAAACUGGUCCAGCACUUCUCCUCGCAAAGUCAUAAGGCUUCUCUCGGUGCAUACUGUCACUUCUUGCAGAGGACAAAGCAUAUCGACAUCCAACUGGAUAAGGAAAAAAAGGCAGCGCAAAUUCAAGAAGCUCAAGAUUUGGAAUAUAACCGCCAAAUCAUUCUUAUCCUCCUGGACAUCGCAAAAACCCUUGCUCGCCAAGCUCUUCCCUUCAGAAGCGACAGCAAUGAAGACGGUAAUUUUUAAUCAAUUGGUCCUUUUGCUCAGCAGACAUGUACCAAACUUAAAACGGUGGCUAACUGAGAAAAGGCUGAACCCGUACCACGUCACCUACUUAAGUCCUCAGUCAUGUGCGGGUAUGUUUUCCGUUAUGGCAGAUACUACUCGGGACGAAGAGCACACGGACAGACUCUCCGUUGUUCUAAGAUAUGUCAGCGCCACUGGAAAGCCAACUGAAAGAUUGCUGGAUCUUUCGAAGACGAAGGACAAGACAGGUAUUGGACAAGCACAAGACAUCCUGUCGACGAUAAAGCGGUGUGGUUUGAAUACCGAUAGCCUGUGUUUUCAGUCAUACGACUUCGCCGCCGCAAUGUCUGGUGAAUUCAAUGGUGCCCAGGAGAAUUUGUCCGAGCUAGUUGGACGCCAGAUUCCUUACAUACCAUGUCAAGCACACCACUGCAACACCGUAAUUGAGCAUAGUUGUAACGCAAGUGCCAUUGUCCGGGAAAUGUUUGAGAUACUGCAGGCACUUUAUGUAUUCUUCACAUCUAGUACGAAACGGUUCCAGCCACUGAAAGAUGAAAUUACCGAGAACUGCCUAAUGCUCAGAAACCUGUCCAAAACCCGGUGA